CAAAACGAACAUCAGUGUUUUGUCUUUUUUUUUUUUUUUUUUUUUUGAAUGAAUAAAUCAGCCACAAUGUUGAAUAGAUUGUUAUUUUAUACAAAUUUAACCCUACUAUUCAUCACCUGUUCUGUGAUGAGCAUCAUACAAUGGUUAAACUAUAUGAUUACAUCGAAAAUAGAUCGUAAAUGGCAAUUACGAAUCAAUUUUCUUAUGCAAGAAUUGAUAUUUUCUCAAUUUACAGUAUGUCUUGAAUGGUUCUGUCAAACUCGUAUACGAUUGUUUGUCAAUAAAAGAAAAACGUUCGAUAGUUAUGGCCAAAAACCGGCAUUAGUAAUCAGUAAUCAUCGUUAUCCAAAUGAUUUUAUGUUUUUUCUCAUAUUUAUCAAAAUGUUUGGACCAUUGGGAGCGGCCAAAUCUUUUGUCAAAUAUGAAUUACGUCAUGUACCGAUUUUUGGUUGGUCAUUUUUGUUCAGUGAACAUAUUUUUCUCAAACGAGAUUGGCAACAAGAUAAGAAAAAUAUUUCAAAUUCAUUGAAAAAUCUAAACAAUUCGAUUGUACCGAUUUCUGUGUUUUUCAUGCCUGAAGGAACGAGAUUUACUCAAAGAAAACAUGAAAUCGGUAUAGAUUAUGCUAAAGAAAACCAAUUACCCAUAUUCAAACAUCAUCUGAUUCCUCGUGCCAAAGGAUUCAAUUAUAUUCUACGAUAUAUACGUGAAAAUUAUUCCAACGAUGAUUUCAACAUCUAUAAUAUGGAAUUGAUCCAAGCACAAGAUUCGGCUGAUAUUAAUUGGAAAAAUUUUUUUCUUUGUCAAAAAUUAUCUGCCGAUUUUUAUCUGGAACAAAUCACUGCUAAUCAAUUACCGGAACCGGAUGCCGAUGAUAGUAAAUAUACGGAACUUUUGUAUGAAAUAUUUAACAAAAAAGAUCAAAUUGUUGAACAACAUCGGACACAUUCAUUCAUACCAAAUUGUGAGGUGAUCAUCAAUCAUCAACGAUCCAUUUUAACAUUGUUACGUUGUAUUGCCAUGAAUAUAGUGAUCGGUGGAAGCAUUGUUUAUUAUUUAUUCUAUUAUAUAACAUUUAUCCUCCAUAAUCCGAUUAUACGUUGGAUUUUUCUAUUGAUUAGCAUCAUAGUAAUUUACGCCCUAUAUAUGGCAUUUAAAAGUGCAAAAGUUUCGAAUUAUGGUGAAAAGAAAGCCAAAAAAAUGAAUUGAUUAUUGAACUGAUAACAAAUGAUGAUUUUUCAUAAUAAUAAUGCCUUAUUCUAA